AUGAAACAAAUAUCAAAUGAGUAUGAACAAGAAGAAGCAAGUAUAAAUUGGUUGGCAUCUGAUAUCAAUUGUCAGUCAGAAGUGGAAUCUACACGGAUCAUAUCAACAAGCGAGACUGAAGAUACUGAUUAUUGUUAUGAUAUUGAUAAUACUUCAAUAAAAGUUGAAGAGUUUGUUCAAUGUGUAAUUGUAGACAUUAUCAAUAACAAAGUUCAAAGAUAUACCAAUUCUGUAUCUCGUCCAAUUAAACAGCUACAGGGAACAUGGGAGUUAGAUUUUGUAUUGGCAGAUGAGAAAAUAAAGAAAUAUGGAAGUAAAGCUUUGCAAUUAUUAGGUGUAUGCUCUAGUCAUUUUAAUUUUGAUCAAGAUAGGAUUUACAAGAGAGAUACAAAAAAUAAAAUGCCAAUUAAAAAGGUCUGA